UAAACACAGGCUUUACACCUUAUCAAACCGUUUUUAUCACAAGCAAUUCUUCAUUAUAUACUUAAAAAAGACACUCAAAUAAAUCACCAAAUUCACAUCUCCACAAUCCAAAAUGCCAUCUCCAUCUCAACUCUUCUUCUUCAUCAUCUUCCAUCCCAUAUUUAUUUCUAUCUACUUCGCAGAUGGAGUUCAACUGAUCAUAGCAAACAACUGCCAAGUAAGCAUUUGGCCAGGACUUCUCGGAACCGCAGGCCACGAAACGCCAAGCGAAGGCGGUUUUCAUCUCCCCUCGGGCCAACAAACACUUCUCAACUUACCCGACAAAUGGUCGGGCAGAAUCUGGCCGAGACAAGGCUGUUGUUUCGACGAAAUAACCGGAAAAGGCUCGUGUCAAACUGGGGAUUGCGCCGGUUUACUACAAUGCAGAGGCAUCGGGGGUGUUCCUCCGGCUUCAAUAGUAGAAAUGACACUCGGAACUUCAAAUUCCGACUUACAUUACUAUGACGUUAGUCUAGUCGACGGAUUCAACAUUCCGGUCUCUAUGGUGCCCUUAGGCGGUGAUGCCGCCUGUGGAGUGGCCGCCUGCGAGGCGGAUUUGAAUGUUUGUUGCCCUGAAGCAUUGAUUAUGAAGAGAGGAGGGAAAAUUGUAGGGUGUAAAAGUGCUUGUUUGGCUGCUAAAAGUGAUAGGUAUUGUUGUAGAGGGCAAUUUGCUGAUCCUAAAAGUUGUAAACCUAAUAUUUUUGGUCAUCUUUUUAAGGCUAUAUGCCCUAAAGCAUAUAGUUUUGCUUAUGAUGAUGCUUCUGGUCUUAAAACUUGUAGGGCUCCUAGGUAUGUUAUUACCUUUUGCCCUCCUAUUUGAUGAUCUAUAGAAAUUCUCGUUUAGAUCGAGUUUAUGUAUGGUCGAUUGUCCCGAUAAAAGCUUUUGAUUCGUAAGUUGAUGAUUUAUUGUAUUUGUCGUAUCAUUUAGUAAUUGAAUAUUGGUUGACGUGAAAUGUUAUUGUUAAUGUUAUACUCCUAAUUGAUCUAUGAAAAUUCUUGUUUAGGUCGGGUUUAUGAAUGAUAA